CGGCGCGGGGGCCGACGGGGGCGCGGGGCCGCCGCGCCGGAAGUACCCGCGCCGCGGGAGGAAGCGCAGCGGGCGCCGAGCGGCGGAGCCGGCGGGAAGGCCCCUCGCUCCUACGCCUGGCGCGAGCGGGCGGCGGCGGCGCCGCGGCCCCAGGCCUGUCCCGAGACCCGGCGCGGCCAGUUCCUGGGACGGGACCCCUGCGGGGAGGAGGACGGGAGGAGGCCCCGCGGCGAGCUCGGAGGCCCAGCGGCCUGGGCCGCGUCACCGCAGCCACAUGGCCUCCGGAGUGGGCGCGGCCUUCGAGGAGCUGCCGCACGACGGCACGUGUGACGAGUGCGAGCCAGACGAGGCCCCCGGGGCCGAGGAAGUGUGCCGAGAGUGCGCCUUCUGCUACUGCCACCGCCACGCCGAGGCGCACAGGCAGAAGUUCCCCAGCCACCACCUGGCCCAGUACGUCCACGGCGCCGCCCCGGCCUGGACCGCGGACGCCCCCGCGCAGGGCGACGCGAAGGAAGAUGCCCAGGCCAAGGUGGAGAAUGAGAGGGAUGUAGAGAGCGAGGUGGGGGAGGAGAGCGAGUCCGAGGAAGACAGUGAAUCCGAAGAAGAGAGCGAGACGGAGGAAGAGAGUGAGGAUGAGAGCGAUGAAGACAGUGAAGACGACAGUGAGGAAGAGAUGGAGGAUGAGCAAGAGAGCGAAGCAGAGGAAGACAACCAAGAAGGAGAAUCUGAGGCCGAGGGAGAAACGGAGGCAGAAAGCGAAUUUGACCCAGAAAUAGAAAUGGAAGCGGAGAGAGUGGCCAAGAGGAAGUGUCCGGACCAUGGGCUCGAUUUGAGCACCUAUUGCCAGGAAGAUAAGCAGCUUAUCUGUGUCCUGUGUCCGGUCAUUGGGACUCACCAGGGCCACCAGCUCUCCACCCUAGAUGAAGCCUUCGAGGAACUAAGAAGCAAAGACUCUGGCGGACUGAAGGCGGCUAUGAUAGAGUUGGUGGAAAGGUUAAAGUUCAAGAGCUCAGAUCCUAAAGUAACCCGGGACCAGAUGAAGGUGUUUAUACAGCAGGAAUUUAAGAAAGUUCAGAAAGUGAUUGCUGAUGAGGAGCAGAAGGCCCUUCAUCUAGUGGACAUCCAGGAAGCAAUGGCUACCGCUCAUGUGACUGAGAUACUGGCAGACAUCCAGUCCCACAUGGAUAGGUUGAUGACUCAGAUGGCCCAAGCCAAGGAACAACAUGAUACCUCUAAUGAAUCAGCUGAGCCAAAGGCGGAGGGUGACGAGGAAGGACCCAGCGGUGCCAGUGAAGACGAGGACACAUGAAGGCUUGCUGUCCCCAGUGGAAACUCCUCCCUCUCCCUGUGUGUAUGUGACGGCGUGUAUGUAACGGCUUCUGAUUUCUGUGAAAGCUGCCCAGCAACAAACGUCCUUCCACCGGAUCCAUCCCCAGGUCCACAGCAGGCACACAUCUGUCCAAGGGAUGACCAACUUUAUUGUCACUGACUGUGCUUGUCAUUCUCUUGUCAUGGUAGGUCAAGGAAAAGUGCCCCUGUGAUCAACCAGGAGCAGUUAAUUAAGAAGCGUCCUUCAGGUAGUCCCUCAAUGGCUGCUUUGAACUUACUCAGGAAAGCCAGCCCUUGGAAUAUCAUAUACCCAGACAGCAUCGCUUCAUCUGGAAGGAUCUGGAAUAAUCUUGAAGGGCAGUCAGAACUUUUUCCCUACCUGCGAAUAAAACCCCACUUUAUUUAUACUGAAGCAUGAAAUAAUGGGGGAGGGGCAAAGCAGGGCUCUGUAGAUAGUUUCUGAAAGUCCCAUUAUACAGUUGUGAAAAUGUGGUUCCAUGAAGUGAGAUGGGUGGCCUGAAGAUGGGGUUGGAGAAAGAGUUAAAAGUUUGAAAUACAGAGAUAUUUUUAGUAUAUGAGGUUAUCCAGCACUUCAGAUCCAUAAUUCAGUGCUGUGGAAAUGAAAAAAAUGAUUGAAGAGGUGGAAAGGAAAUGACUUUAAAAAAAAAAAAAAAAGGACCAAAGAGAUCUGAUUAAAAGUUGAAAUCAGUAUUUCUGAACUCAAAUUGCCUGAGUUUCCAAAAUAGUCACUAAAGGAUCUGAUGGAGCCUGAGUUAUUUGGGUGAAUUCUGCCAGUUUUCUGGGUCUUGUCACAACAUGAAGUCUGCAAUGUAUAUUGCAAAGUGGGAAUUUUUCAGUGUAGGUUUUUGGUGCCCUCGCCCCAACCCCCGUGGCCUCAUUUGGCUUAAAUGCAGUGUAGGGAGAGUUCUUAUCGCUCUGGUGUGCUGAGUCAAGCCCCGUCUCCCAGCAGGUGCACCCACCUUUCACUCCAGCUGGAACCCCUCUUCCCAUGGCAUCCCACCCACCGGCCUUCGGACCCUCUCCUGCAGCCAGGCUCUCCCCUCUCGAGUACCAUGAGCAGAGGCACACCGUGGUUGCCCUUCCAGCCCUUCCCCACUCCCGAGUCACAUUUCCUUACCAUCAGGUUUUCUAUUCCCAAGUAAGCCAUGAUUUCUAGGGAGUGCAAACCCGCAAGCUAAAGAACCUGCAUUUUCUCAGACAUCAGUUUAUGCUUUGGAGUUAGGGGAUGCCCUUACUUUUAGAUAAAACAGUUAAUUAUGAAAUAGAAUGUGCGUACACGCAGUUAAGGUAAAAUGGGACACUUCCCAGGGAAUUCUUAUUUGCGAGUGGGAUGUAUGUGUUCCCUGUCCUCUGCCUUUAGCAGUAUUUUGGUGUCCACUCCCGAGAAGUACAAUCGGAACCGUAUCCACGCAGCUGACUCAGGGCCUCGACUUCUAGUUGCCUCCGCAGCAGAGCUGAAGGCAUCUGCCCUGGAGAAAUCCCUCUCCUCCUGCCUGCCUGUGACCUGUGUACCUAUCACAGAGCUUUAGGGCCAGCUGGUGUGUGUGGGGGGGGGGGGGGGGUUUGAGGCCGAAGCAAUACUUACUGUAGGAAGCCUAUUUAUGUCAUUGUCCAAUCCUGUGUUUGCUAUGAAACUAUUUCUUUGAGGCCAGGAAGCUACUGGGCAUAUCUGCUUCUGGGUUAGGAUUACCCUGACUCACUACAUAUGUUAGGAUGUUGGGACCAGGAGUCCUUUGGGCAGUUAAAAAAAAAUAAUAUAUAUAUAUAUAUUUUUUUUUUUUUCUCUCAAACUGGUGGUCAACAAAUGGCUAAGACAGUUUUGGUGCUUUCCCUACCUGCCUGCAAAGACUGGAGAAUUUGGCAUACCACUAAUGACGACCCCCAGCCUCACCCAACAGAACUCCCCAAAAAGGACCAGGGGCCACUCUUACAAGAGUUUAAAAACCAACAGAUUAAGAACACUUGAGGAUUUGGAUGCUUGUGUUUGUCUUUCCCCAAUAAUUAUUGUUGAAUCUCCCAAGUAGUAGCCUUAUCUUAGCAAUGGACAGACCAUUGGCUCCUCCAUACCUGAUUAUAUGUUAUUACUUAAAGUCAGUUUCUGGGGAACUCGAGCAUGUAUGCGGUAGAUACGAACAGAAGUAUAAAAAUACAUGCCAGCCUAUCUCCAUAUGUUAUCAUAUCUCUGUAAUCCUCAAGGAAAGCACUUUUGCUUUUAGUUAGGAUUUCAGAUUUGCUCGAUGGGCUCCUGCUGUCUUCAGCACCUGAUAAAACUUUAACCAGGGAAGCAUUAAACAUGGUGCAACAGCUUCUGCCCAGGCUCCUGAGUUCCUGCCAGCAGCAUUUAUCAAUGUAAGAACGAGGAUGCUUCCUGCAGUGGCACCAGCCCCCCCCCUGGAGCCAGAGCACGCUGCUCAGACUCAAGCCCCAGCAGGAUGAGGCCUUACUGCCAGGUCAGUAACAGAGUGCUCGAAAGUGUGUGCUGACCGACUGCAGGCUAUGGGGGGAGGGGUGGGUGUUGCAGAAAUCCCCGGGGAGAAGUCACCGAGGGAGGCAGGUCACGAGUGUGUCCAGAACGAAUUGGGUCCCCACAGCGAUCCCUGGCUGCUUUCCAAAUUUUGGUUCUCUGGAGGCUGAGAGUGGGUUUGUCCUUUGAUUUGAUAUCAUUGAAUCCAGGCCGAUUCUAAGAAGUCCUUAGAGUCUCAGCUGUGGGGGGGAAGUGACCUAUAUUGAGGACCAGCUGUGAGCCAGGCCCUGCCCUAGGCCCCAGUUUCUCAGCUGAUAAAACGGAUGUGGAGUGGAAGACCCCGUUGCCCUGAGUUACACAGUUAGAAGUAUUAGAGCCAGAUUUUGAGCCCAGCUCUCCCUCACUUUGUGGUGGUCGGUGGCACAUCGACGAUACAGAGGGAGGAGGAGGCCUCAGAACCCCCCCACUGCAAUCCGACCAUCCCACUUUAUGGAUUCUUUUCCAAAAUUACAUUUCACGGCUAUCCUUUGGGCUCAGAAAUGGCAUCGAGGUAGCCUCAUUCUGCCACUGUAGCAGAUACGUGAAGUCCACAUUGCUAACUUGAGCCUGCCCCCAGGAGUUGGGGGAGCCUUUCCUUUUUGGCGCCAUCCCCCAGAAAUGAGAGUUUUUCUAGGCCUUCAAGAGUAUAGAAGUUCUUAGAAAUGGUCCAAGUGAAGAGGGUUCUGCUAAGUUUAUUUGAAAAUGUCUGCUGCUGCACUGCCUCAGAGAAGGCAGUCUUCCUAUUUUAGCCCAGCCUGUCCUGUGCUCUUUGACGAUGUGUUAACUCAAAGUUCGGUGAAUCUAGACUUUCCUGCUGAUACCUGCUAUGGACAUGUGUACACACACACACACACACACACACACACACACACACUGAGUACAUAUGUUUAUGUAAAUGACAAGGGUACAUGCAUAGACCCUCACACACACAUAGUGGGGGAACUCAGGGGAGACCGGGGCGGCCCCCUCCUGAUCUUGUGUACCACAGCACCACCGCGGAGGCUUCUGCCAGCCCCGAUCACAAGUGUCACCACAUAGUCGGAGCUCAGGAUCUUGCUUACAAGGUGUUCACGAGAAGAACAGCUCCUUGGCAGAGGUUGUCGGCUCCUAAAGCACAGGGCCAAGGUGGGCUCCAGCCCUGCUCCGAGAUGUCUAACGAUAUGGGCAACGAUAACCCAGCCAUUUUGAGGACCCAGGAGUCUGCCCACUCCAGUCUGGACUGAGGGCACAGCUACAGAGUUUGUGACUUGUGCUGGUGGCAGGGUAUAGGAAGUCCUCCCCUCCCCCCACCCAGAAAGUGUUCUCUUGCCAACACCUGAAGUUUCAUACGCACAUAAUGGCUGUUUAGUACAUGCUUCGUAAUCAGAAAAUUGGUUGCAUGUUUGCUGUGUGCCUAGCCCAUCUGGACUUUCGUUGAAAACACAAAUCUCUUUAGGGAUGACACAGCCCAGACUUAAGAGAGAGAGAAGAGACUUGAGAUCUCAUUAAUAUGGCCUACACCCAGCAGUGCUCUGAAGCCCCGACCCAGCCCAUUCCCAGACUCAGGCUCAGGGGGCCUGCCUGGUGGAAGAGUAGCAUUUGGAACUGAAAACACACCAGAAGCAGCACAAGGAGUGCCGGGGCAGGAAAAUGAAAACAAAUUGAGACACUUGUGGGUAUAAAGGUGCAAAACAUGCCACAGAGCCCAUGCUGGGGUUGAUAGGACCUUGAGGGGACAGUGGACUUAUAUUAACAGGAAUCAAACCUGACCAGUCUUUGUACAGUGACAGGCCAUACUGCAUGGGUGGGGACAAGCAACGAAUCCGUUGUCCUCUGCCUGUUUUCCUGUGCACAGUCACAUUCCCUCCUUACCUUCUCCUUCCACCCUUCACGUUAAACAAGGGAACACUCACUCUUCCAAGGGAAUUACACAUUUGAGUUAAUGUUUCAGUAUAUCAUUUUCAUACUGUAAAUUAUUUUGUAAGAGAGAUUUACCGCUAUCCCAGGAUGUUUGGACUCAGCGCCCCUGUGCAUUUGGAAAUCAAUAAACUAUUACUGGAAAUACCA